AUGAAAUUAAUAAUUAAACUUGCAUUUUUAUCAUUAUUUAUAUCUUUUAUAUAUAGUAGAACUGCUCAAGAGUGGAAAUCUCGUACAAUUUAUUAAAUAAUAACUGACAGAUUUGCAAUUGGAGAUAGAUCUAGACCUCCAUGCGACUUAAGUCACUAACCAUAAUAUUGUGGAGGAAACUUUUAAGGAAUUAUAAAUAAUUUAGAUUAUAUUAAAGAACUUGGUUUUAAUGCAAUCUGGAUAUCUCCUAUACCUUUAAACUAAGAUAAUUAAUUCCAUGGUUACGCUGCGAAAGAUUUGAGUAGAAUAAACCCUAAUUUUGGAGGUGAAUAAGGAUUAAAAGAUCUUGUUGAUGCUUGCCAUUUAAAGGACAUAUGGGUAAUGGUAGAUGUUGUAGGAAAUCAUAUGGGAAAUAUCGAUUUAAAUUUUUCAAGCAAUUAUCCUUUUAAUAUUGCUGAAUAUUAUCAUGAAUACUGUAUUAUUACAGAUUUAGACUUUUCAUCAAAAAACAUGAAAAACAUCUAAAACUGUAGACUUGCUGGACUCGCAGAUUUAAAUACUGAGCAUCCUUAUGUAUAAAAUUAUUUAUUUAAUUGGAUAAAAAACUUAGUAUAAACAUAUAACAUUGAUGGUUUAAGGAUAGAUACUGUUCCUGAAGUUCCUCAUGCUUUUUGGAAAAACUAUACUUAAUCAGCUGGUGUAUUUUCUAUAGGAGAGGUAUUUGACAGUAGUUUUAGUUACGUAGGAGGUUAUAUAAGUUCAGUUGGAAGUGUAUUGAACUACCCUUAUUAUUUUACUGUUAAAGAUAUCUUCGUAAACUAAAAAGAUAUGAAUGAAAUUAGAUCAUAUUAUUCUUAAUGGUAAUAAUAAAAUUAAGAUGUCUCUAUUUUAGCCUAAUUUGUUGAUAAUCACGAUAAUCCAAGAUUUUUAAGCACUCCUGGUAGAAGUCAAGACUAAUUAAAAACACUACUUAAAAGUUAUACAGUACUUACUUUAUGUUCUAUAGGAAUUCCAAUAUUCUAUUAUGGUACUGAAUAAUACUAUGCAGGAGGAUAAGAUCCUUAUAAUAGAGAACCUCUAUGGAACAACUUAAAUACAAAUUCAGAAAUGUAUUUAUAUGUAAAAACAAUUCUUUAGGCUAAAAAUAGUAAUUUGAAUUUUUAAAAUAAAAAAAAUAAUUUCGGGGGUACUGAUAUAAAUGAUUUCCCUUAAACUGAAAGUUAUGUAGAUUCAGAUUUUUAUGCUUUCUAUAGAGGUUAAUUAUGGGUUGGAGUAACUAAUAAAUUCAAUUUCAUAACUAGAAUUAUUAUAAAUCAUCCUUUCAAAAAUGGCGAUGUUAUUUGUAAUGUAUUUUGGCCUAAUAAUGAUUGUAUAGUUAUUUAAAAUAACUCUUUUGUUGCAAAUCUUAAUAACGGAGAAGCUAAAAUUUAUGUUAUUUAAAGUUAAACUUCUUCUUAAUGAUUAAUUGUAAUUAUUUAAUUAAAAAUUUAAGUAGAUUUCAUAUAUAUAUAUAGAUUAAUAAAUUAGAUAAAAUAAA